UCUCACUCUCUUGCUCGCGCGCACGUUCGUGAUAUCGGAGGCUUUGAUUUUUAUUUUAUUCUUUUCGUAACACUGACGUGUCCUCUCUUCAACUAUAAAUACUAAAGUACAGGUGUACUUUCCGACUCCGUGUGUUUGUAUAACAACGUAUUGUUGUAUCUAAAAUACAAAAAAUAUCAGUGAACAGUUUUGCUGUGUCUCGUAUCGGUUUUCCAAUUCUUUAGGCCGUUUUAUUCUUCUCGAAAUUUUGGUGAAAGGAAAAACAAAAAGUGUGAAUAAUAUUGUACCUAUUGUUGUUGAUAACAUUUUACACGUUGAGAGGUCGUCGUCGUCAAGAAACGUAAAGGGAGUGGGCAAGCAAGAAUUUAAGCGUCUGCAUGUGCACAUACAUCACCUACGUUCGUGUGCGUGUUGUUAUUACUCCAACUUUCGCUUGCAGGUUCCUUAAAUUAUAAGCUUGUUACGCCAACCAACAACGUCAACAACUACAUCGCUUUGUUGGGCGCACAUUUGUAUACAAAUCAAGACAUCUGAGCUUUUUGCUCGUGUGCUGUAUACGCUGGAGAUCUGCAAACAUGGAGCUAUGGCUGAGGGAGAGGUUAUUCAGCUUCGCCGAAAUCAUAAUGAGGGUGCCACCGCUGUUUGUCAUUGACGAAAUGCUGAGGAUCGGUCUGGGAGUUUCACAGGAGCCUUUAACUUUCAACAGUUCGGAUAGUGGAUUCUCCUUGGAAAAUCCGGCUGGCAAUGGAGCUCUCGAAUCUAUGGUCUCAGCAGCUGGGAAUUCGGUAUUUAUUGGACAAAACUGGACUCAAAUGUACUCUGCACCUAUCGCCUAUGAUGUCUUUUUCUAUCAGGUUUAUCUGAUGACUGCUCUCAGGUUCUUUAUCUGCUGCUUAGGUUGCAUAGCUGCGUUGUGUACUUUUAUGCUAUCUACCAGACAUCUUAUCAUUGUAUACCUUUAUCUGCUGUCCGUGGGAAUAAUAUUUGUGUCCUAUUGGUCCAACAUGAGCACAACGGAUACCAUUAUUGCUUACCUGAGCAAUAAAGAAGGAGGAGGAGGAGGAGGUAGUAUUGCAGCAGAUGUUCUCAAUCUCCAGUUUGCACAACUCAUGUCUAAUGGACCUGGCUUGAUGAUUAUUCAAAACUAUGCACUCCAAAGUGUGCUGGCACACCUAUUUUGUUACGUUAAUCUUGCCCCAAGACACACUGGUGUCCAGAAGAUACUUGCCCUAAGCUUUACUGCACCGUGUCAUGUUGCUCUUUUUCCUCUCCCUAUAAGCUUGAUGAAAGCAGCUCCGGUGUAUGCAGCCCUGGUGCCACUAGCUGAUUGCAAGUUUGUCCUGUGGUACAAUAUUACCAACAUUUGGCGAACGAUAUAUCGGGGCUACCAGCUCGGCCGUACUUUUAUCAGCAACUACGGCCUGUCAGCCCUUGCGGAAGCUCAAUGGACGCGGUUGCAUAUUCCUUCAGUCCUCCGUACUUUCUGGAUCCUGAGAGUAACGGAGCAGUUGGUACAGCUGCUUAGUACCGAGUACGCCGAAGACAGCUUGAAUUACUAUCAAGUGGUCAAGACGUUGAUGGUCAACGGAUGCGAGACUCUAACGGCUGUGCUAGGAAUGACGAGCAUAAUUUCGGUUAUUUGCCACUACAUAGGCAGCUUCUUCUACUGGGUACUGUUGAUCGAUAACGAGGACGAGAAAAACAUCGGCACGAUCUCGGCUAUGCUGUUCUACAUUCUUGCCCUUCAAACUGGACUUACGUCCCUCGACAAGGAAAAUAGAUUGUUGAGGCUCUGUCGCAACAUCUGUCUACUAUUUACCGCUGUCUUACAUUUUGUGCACAAUAUUGUGAAUCCGCUGCUCAUGUCGUUGAGUGCGUCCCACAAUCCAGCUUUGCACAGGCAUGUUAGAGCGUUGGCUGUGUGUCUCUUUUUGAUUGUCUUCCCAGUGUGUCUGUUGACGUUCCUCUGGUCAAGGUACGCGAUCAGCACGUGGUUACUGGCUGUGACGGUGUUUAGUAUCGAAGUGAUUGUCAAGGUUCUUGUCUCCUUGGCGAUUUACUCGCUCUUCCUUUAUGAUGCUUACCGAAAAAACUUCUGGGACGAGCUCGACGACUGGGUUUACAUUAUUAGGGCUUUUGGCAACACGGUGGAGUUUGCGUUUGGCAUAAUUCUCUUCUUCAACGGUUUUUGGAUCCUAGUGUUCGAGGCGGGUGGUGCAAUUCGAGCCCUAAUGAUGUGCGUGCACGCGUAUUUCAAUCUCUGGUGCGAAGCAAAGGCCGGCUGGAGCGUAUUUAUGAAGCGACGGCACGCCGUCAACAAAAUCAACUCACUUCCCGAGGCCAAUCCCCAACAAUUGCGCGAACACGCCGACGUAUGCGCGAUAUGCUACCAAGAGAUGGAGACUGCCAAAAUUACCAAGUGCAAUCACUUCUUCCACGGGGUGUGCCUGAGAAAGUGGCUCUAUGUGCAGGACAGGUGUCCGCUCUGUCACGAUAUCAUGUACAAGGUUAAUAAUAAUAAUAACAAUGGACAGAACGGGGUACAGGACGUAGUUCAGCCUGCUCAGGUUCCUGAGGUGGAGGCUGAGAGAAACGAGAUGCCUGGCAGGUCGAAUGAUCAAGCAAAUUCUAUUAUGACGCCAAACGUUGCAAAUGUCGCUCGAAUGCUGGCGGAGGAAAGAACGAGACGAGCAUUGAGAUCACGUCAAGAGGUGACAGCAGAGGAGGAGAGGUGAAGUCGCGAGCGCGUUCAUGACAGUCUUUUUGUGAUAAAUGAAGGAAAAAGAGUUGGUAACUAAGAAAAAAUUAUAAUGAAAUGCGGAUAAUCGGAGAAUUCCAAGACUUGAAAUUUUCUAGAAACUAAGAUUGUUAUGCAUACGAAAAAAAAAAUUAUAAUAUAUACAUAUAUAUAUAUAUAUAAAAGAAAAGGUAUGGGGGAUUCUGAAAAGUAUGCAUUAAUGAAUGAAUGGAAAAUUGCAGGUACUGAUUACUUCUUUUUCCUAAUACGUUGAAAACGCAAGCUUUGACGUUCUUUGAUACGUUCGUUUGCUACGACUGGCUGUAAAUUUUGUAAAUUAUUUAUUUUGAACUAAAAUUUCUAAGUCAAAAUAGCAUAAUUUUAACAAGCACGAAAGCUCGCUUCAAUCGUAUAAUCCUUAGUGAUGAAAUUAAACAGAUAAUUAAUCCGUAAAUUUGAAUAGGGUUAGCUCAAAAUGAGAAAUUGAAAGAUAAAUUAAAAUCAAAGUUGUGAAACUUUAUUGUUCAUUUUAAAAAGGAAACACCGAUGUUGUUUGAAAACUAGUUGGGCAGUGCGUUUUUUCCUUAUCAACUCCAAAUAAAAUCAGGCUCGUAGUUAGGUUUUUACGUAAAUUAUACACAUUUUUUCGUUACAUCUGUUUUCUCAACGACGUCUCGUACUUAAAGACUUCGUAAUUAACUUCCAAAGUCAAGGAUAUUCUGGAUACGGAAUCGCGUGCGUAUCUAGUUUUUCUUUGUCUAGCGCCAAAGUUAUAGGUGAGAAAAAUUCCGUGAUAAUGUGGGAUGACGCUCAACGUCUUGAACAAAUAGAUGGAUGUACUUUUGACGAAUAAUGAGUUUCUGAUUCCUUUUUUUUUUUUUUUUUUUUUUUUUUUUUUU